GUUGGACUAUUUGACUAUUGAAAGCAAAAACCAAAAAAUGAGUGGAGCGGGGAAGCGAAAGGCAAUUGAAAGUGGAUGACAUGACAAGGGAAACAGUGAUUUUGAUUCUUUGAAGGGUAAAGUAAAACAGUGAUUCCCUCAUCUCUCUCUUGCGGCGGCCAUGGAAUGGGAGAUGAGGCCCGGCGGCAUGUUCGUGCAGAGACGCCAACCCACCGUCCAUGACAACGCCAACGUCAUCAUGAUGACCGUCACCGUCGCACAUGCUUCUUCCCACCACCACCUCUUCCUCCCUACGCACUCCACUUUCUGGGAUGUUAAGAGAUUGCUUGUACACAAAACUGGUUUACAGCCUGAAGAGCAACGACUCUUCUUCAGAGGAGAAGAAAAGGACAAUGAAGAGCAUUUGCACACUGAAGGUGUGACUGACAAAUCAAAGCUUUUGCUUUUGGAAGAUGCUGCCAGUGAGGAGAGUAGACUUGAAGAAAUUAGAAAACACAAUGAAAUGUUAAAGGCUUCUGAAGCUGUUGCUGGAGUCAGAGCAGAGGUGGACAAGCUCGCUGAAAGGGUGUCUGCCUUGGAAGUGGCUGUGGAUGGAGGGACCAGGGUUUCUGACAAAGAGUUUUUGAUGUCCACGGAGUUGCUUAUGAGACAAUUGCUGAAAUUGGAUGGUAUUGAAGCUGAAGGUGAAGCCAAGAUUCAGAGAAAAGCCGAGGUGCGUCGUGUGCAGAACUUUGUAGAUACGUUAGAUACUUUGAAGGCAAGAAACUCCAACCCUUAUACCAGCAUUGGAAAAGCUGUCUCCGUAGCAACCCAAUGGGAGACCUUUGAUUCUGGAAUGGGAAGCUUGAAUGCCCCAACCUCAAUCUCAUCUUCUAGAAAUGUAAAUCAAGAUUGGGAGCGCCAUGAUUAGCUCAGAAAUUGCUAUGUGACAUUAGACUAUAAAACAUAUACAACACCAUAUUUUUGGACCUUGAUUCUUCGUUCAAGGUUGAUUUUCUUUUUUUGUAAUUUGUUUAAGACAAAACGUGUUGAACCAUUUAUUUGACUGCCUUAGGAAGCAGACUUUGAAGCUAGAAUUUGGGACAAACUAGAAAGUGGAGGAGCAUAAUCUUGUUGCUCCUUCACAUAAAUAUGUCCAUGAAAUUGAGAGUGCAUCCAUUGUCAGUUCUGAUAUACACUGAAGAUUGUUGAUAUUAAGUACACUUCAGCCAUUAUUU